CGCUUUUACUCUGAUCUCAUAAAGCGCGCGCUGCCGCGCCAGGAUGUCGGAGCACUCACAGGCGCGCGCGAGGCACCGGCAACUACACAGAAUAUAGGCAACAAAACAUAGGGUUUCUUUUGGAUUUACACUCAACAGGUAAAAGAAAGGGGUUAAGACGUUUGGAUAAGCUUUGAGCCCCAGGGCGGUGACAUCAAGGAUUAGUCUGAAGAAUUAAAAAGAGAGUUGUUGCUACAGUAGCGAUGCGGGACUCUGUCUUCAACUGCUGUUUUAACCCACCGCAUCCUCCAGGUGUAGUGGAAGAGACCCACUUGCACGGCAACAGAGCACAGGCUUUGCCCCCACAUGACCGGCGCUUUCUUAUAUUUUUUGAUUUUGAUGAGACGCUCGUGGACGAGUGCAGCGAUGAUGCCAUGGUUACAGUGGCCCCCGGUGGUUCUCUGCCCUCCUGGCUCAAAGACACAUACCGUCCAGGCAGGUACAAUGAGUACAUGCAUCGAGUCUUGACCUACAUCGCUGAGCAGGGGGUUACUCCAUCAACUAUCCGUAACACUAUAGAGCGUCUUCCACCAUGCCCAGGCAUCCCUGCCCUGCUGCGUUUCCUGAAGUCAUGCCCACCAAAGGACUUUGAGGUAAUUUGUGUGUCAGAUGCCAACACGGUUUUCAUCGAAACAUGGCUGCAGAACCAUGGCUUUCGCUCGCUCUUCAUGCGAAUCUUCACUAACCCAGCCCAUUUUGAUGAAAAUGGACAACUUCAGCUCCGCCCCUUCCACUCCCAUGACUGCCUGAGGUGUCCAGAGAACAUGUGCAAGGCGGAAAUUGUUCGCCGAUACACGGCUCGGAGGGUGCACGAAAGAGGAGGCAGGAAAUAUCAAAGGGUGCUGUACGUCGGUGACGGUGCAAAUGACUUCUGCCCGUCGCUGACACUGGCACCUGGUGAUGUGGCAUUUCCUCGACGUGACUUCCCCAUGCACAAGCUGAUCCAGGAGAAGCACGAGGCCAACCCUGGAGAGUUCAAAGCCACCGUAGUGCCUUGGAGCACUGGAGAAGAUAUCAUUGACAAGCUCAGGAAAGUCAUAGAUGAAAGGGUUUAAAACAUGACUGAAACACAUAAACAGGAAUCUAAACAAAUACUUAUUCUCGAUUACUUUUAAUAAUCAUGAUACACAAAGACACACCAACAACAAGAUGAAGCAUUAGUGGAAGCUGCUGUUACACUUUCCCAAAGCCAAGUUUGUUUUUUUCAAUUUCAGUGGCCAAAAAGAAUCAUACUCUGAAAUAGUUUUUUUUUUACUCUUGCAGAAGUUUCUUCAGGGUUUGUUUUUAAAUAGCUGAGUUCUGUUGUACACUCUGUUGUAUAGUUCUACAUAGAACUAUUAUAUUCUUGAUUUGAUCUUUUCUUCCUAUUAUAUAUUUGUAUCAAUAAUACAAAUUAUUUACUUAAAAUCAGAACUGAAACACGUGUGUCUGAGUCUCCAUUAAACUGGUUUGCACCACUGGCAUUUCAUCGUUAAAA